CAAAAGCAGACCUCUGAGUAAAAGUGUUCUGUAGUCAGAAGUUAGAACUGUCUUCAACUUCACAGAUAUUUUUAUGCCCAUAAAUCACCCAUAAAUUUAAAGAGCAUAUACUUGAUAUAUUUUUCAUUGCUUAGUGCUUAUUAACAAAUGUAAAUGAGUAUAAUUCGCUGAAUUGGCGAAGUUAAAGGAUUCCAAACAGUAUAUUAUAUUUGCUGACCUUGAAUAUACGUUCAGUACUUUUUUUAAAUCGCUAAAUAUCUAAAUCACUUGAAAAUGCCGUGGUCUAAUUUUCAAAAUAAAACAAUUAUUUAAUAUGCCACCAAAGAAAGUUGUUAAAACACUUGAUAAAACUGUCCAAGAAAAAGAGAAGCGACGACGGUUGAAAAAUGGAAAAUGUUUACCAUUAAGUGUAACAGAAGAAAAUAUCAAUAUUCAGGAUUUAAACUUAACAUAUGAUCAGCAGAAAAACCGAGUAGUGAAAGUAAAGAAGAAUGAUAUCAACAUUAUGCUGGCAAAUGAAGUAGUGGGAAGACAAUUUAAAAAAAAGUCAUUAUUAAAGGAUCCAAGAGAUGCAUUAGUUUUAAAAGUAAUGAACCAACCACAAGGUAAAAUAAUUAGGAAAAAGAAAACAGUAUUAAAGAGAAAGAUCCCAUUGAAAAAUAACAAAAAUGUAUCAAUUAACAUUGAGGGAGAACCAGUUACAAAGAGACGUAGACGUCGUGUUUCACCUAAAAAGUUGGAGGAUAAGUUGGUAGUAAAAGAAAAAUGUGAUUCGACCGAAGCUUUCAAUGUUGAAAAUAAUGUUACGACUGAAGAAUAUACCAGAACUACAAAACCAAGGACACCUAGGCGAAAGGCUCUUAAUAGUAAUAUUGCAAGACCAAGGACGCGUAAAAAAGCUAACGACGAAGCAAAACUAUCGCAAUUUGAAGCUAUAACAGAUGAUGAUGCUUUACAAAAAGAUAACGUUGAAAACGGUAAAAAACAAGACAUUCUCGAAGUCAGAAGGAAUUCGUUGGCAAGUGUGUCUGAACUGUCGUGGACAAAAGACAUUACUAGCAGCAGUACCACUACGUGUGUCACAGUGACUUCGAAUGAUUUCUUCCGUAUCGAUAAAAAGAUCCCAAUUGUAAUGUUAACAAACGUUGACCAUAAAUUAAUAGGCGAAGAGAACAAUAAUAUCAGUAAAGUUGGUUCAACAGAAGCAAUGGCAGUACAAUAUGAAGAUACUACUAAAAAGAGUCACAUCGAGACAAAUGACAAUUGUAUAGAUGAAGUAGAUUUUCCCUGUCCUGAAUCUCCUAAUUUAUCCUCAUCUUCCUCCGAAUCAUGUUCAGAUCGAGAAAAAUCAAUCCAAAGUGUUUCGACAGCUAUCAAUAGGCUUAGCAACACAUUACAAAAACUAUCUUCAAAACUUAAAAAUUUCGAUUUAGAAAUUAUAAACUGGAUCGGAUACACGGACGACACCACAAAUCCAAACAUAGAGAAAAUACAAGAAAAACUUUACCGAGAUAACUUUUUAAAAGAUGAAAUGAAGAUUAUAACUCAUUGUCAAAAUAUAAAAAGGAUUUUAUCUGAAAAUAAUAAAAGUAUAGCGACGCCAGAGAAUGAAAAGACUGAUGAUGAUAUUAUAAAAAGUGAUCGCGAACAUGAAACUCAUAAAAAUCCUACUUUAACUGAAGCUAACAAUCCUAAAUAUGAUGAAUUAAAUAGUCCUAAAGAAUCUUUAAAAAUUCUUUCCAAUGUUAUCGUACAAAGAAAUAGUCCUAAAGAAAUGGAUAAAGUCCUAAAUAAAUCCGCGGACAAUCGUGACAAUAUAACGCAUGAUGAAGACGAUGAAGACGACGCAUUGUCCUUAUUCGCGGAGAGUAUAACUUGCAUAGAACCCUCAUCAAGGAAAUGCACGUCACACGGAAUUAAACAUCCGAAGGGAUUCGAAGAAUACGUGCCAGUACCAGUAAUUAAAACUGAUAAUAAUCCAGAAAAUAUUACAUAUAACCCUACAAAAAUAAUCAGUAGUGUACAAGUAAGUGAAAAAGAGGACGACCCAGUUAUCGUGUGUGAAAAACAAAGCGCUGAUUCCACAUCCGUAUGCAAAGAACAGGACAAUGAUAAGAAUCUAGAGACUAGUAAUAUUUUAGUAGUUAAAUCGAAAGACGUCGAAGAUGUUUCUAGAAAAGAAAACAGUAUCACAAAAACGAUCCCACAAAAUCCACAUUUAAUGUCUUCCAUGUAUAAAGCGGUGGCUGGUAUUAAAAGUGUCGUUUUCAAAGGUGUUUGCUUCUAUAAUCUCAUAUCGAAAUGCAAGAGGAACGGUUGCUGCUUUUCCCACAUGCCAGUCGGGAUCGACAGCGUUAAGGUGAAGUUGAGAAAUCACAACGACACGACCCUCAUCCAGGAGUAUAUGCUGAUCCGUAUCUGGCCCGGACUCAGGCAGAAGUACGGGAUGUGCUUCGUCGAGGAGUUCAUCAAGAGAGACCUAACUAAGAUGAUCGUCGAAACCGCGUUCGACUUCAUCAUCAAAGACAACAACGAGGCAUUGAUAAUAGAUAUCGUUGAACAUGUUCUGUUGUAUUUGAACAAAGUUGAUUUAUGUAGCAUCGAGGACUUGCUAAAGCUUAAUAUUAAAGCGAGCAAACGGCUCUUGUGUGAUAUUUUUAUAAGUACGAUCGCGCAGUCGCAGAAUUUUUCAAGAUUUAAAAGUGUUUUCAUUAAUUUGACCAAUUUAAUGUAUCGUUUAGGAAGAUGUUUCAGCGAAGAUGUCGCUGGACACGUUUUGGAAAGAAUUGUCAUAUUGCCGUACGACGAAGGUCUGGCGCGAGCACUCAUAAAGAUAAUUAGAAAUACCGAUAUCAGUAUAUACUCCAAUUCCAUGGUGAGUCACUUGGAGCAGCAGCUAAGGUCCUCAAACAUUAUGCUUUACAAAGAAUUUAUUUCUUUGAAAAAUCAAGCGUUGAGUCAUUCAGCGGUGGAUAGUUGCUACACCGACGGCGACAGGUCGCAACUGGAUAAUAUAAGAUGCUCGCCGGAUACAACUAAUUUGGACAAUAUGAACAAGUCCAUAGAAACGAAAUUCACAAGAACUAUAGAUAUCAACAAAAUAUUACUUUCAAACGUAAAUGCGGUCGAUUUAAAUAAAGAUAUAAGAUUUACUACCAAUCAACGGUUUAUGAGUUGGAUAGAUAGAAAUUCAUAUGGUAACACGAGAAACGUCCCUAGAAAAACAACAAUGCGCCCGCCAUUGAGGCCUCCGUUCAAACGCAGGUUAGACCAGAAGUUUGACGGAAGUCCCAGCAAAUAUCAACGGAGAAAUGGAUCUAAAUUCUAUAACGAUUUUCCCUAAAUAUUAAGUUUAUUUUUAAAAAUCCUAAGUGAUCCUUUUGUACAGUUACUUUUAAGCUUACUGUGACUUCAAACUUAUUUAAUUAUUACUUAAAUUAAAGACAAUAGAUAUUCUUUAUUUUGUGUUUUAAUGGAAAUAAGAGAUUGUCUAAAAAAUGUUGAUUUUUCGAAGUUUUUUUUUAUACUUAUAUAUAAUUAAGAUUUGUCGUUCUACGAUGCCAAAUGAUGCAUCAAGAUUUAAAACAUUCUACGUUUUGAUCUUAUAUUAGUACAUAAACAAUUUAUAUAAAACAUAAUUUUAAAAAAUAUAACACUUUUGAAAGUUUUGUUUUCUUUUUUUUUUACAAUUAAAGACUCCCAGCAUAUAGUGUGAAACGAAUGACAGCUCAUGUAAUAUUUAUAAAUUAUCUGUGACUUACAAUAAACCUACCUCAAAAGAGUGCCAUUGUAUGUGACCUAGUGUGACUAUAAUGACCUUUUGUUUGGCAUCAGUCUUUGGUAGUAGACAAUCUAUGAUGUUUUUAUAAUAUUGAUAUCCUUAAAAUAAAAUUCGAGAGUUCGUCGGUUGAUUUUUUUUUUAAUACAUGUGCACCUUUUUGUAUAAGAUCCAGUCUAAUUAUGUCUUCUGAAAUAUUAUUUGGCUGUAUAUUUAAUACCAAUGCCCAAAGGGUAUUUUGAAAAAAGACGUUUCCAUUUCCACAAUCGAACCAGAUUACAAUUGUGUAAACAAAAAUUUUUCAUGUGCAAGCAGUGUUGUGCAAGCCUCGCAAAAACUUAAUAUAAUAUAUAUUAUUUUUCUUGUUUUAUAUUUUUUGUAGUACGUGACUUUUUUUUACUAACAUUAAAAACCUAGAUAUAGAUAUA